UGAUAUAUAAAUGGUUCUUUAAAGCCUCCUGAGGUCCCUGCAGGAUCAGACCGCCGUGCGAUUGGCUGAGAGGAAAGAGAGGCGGACCGACUGGGUGAUGGACCCAAUGGGGGAACCACCACGCUCGCCUCGGGCAGCUGCUCGACCUAUUAGAGCGCCAGCAGCUGCUCCGCCCCCGUGAUGUCAUCAUGCACUGGGCAUCCAGUCUAAAGCCUUCCUCUCCGUCUUCCUCCUCUUCCUCCUGUUGCUCCUCCCACCCAACCCAAGGCUCCUCCCAUCCACUCAGAAGCUCCUCCCCCUAUGACCACCUUCAGACUCACCUCCACAGUGGAUAAAGGAGGAGGAAGACCCCUCCCCAGACCAGGCGCACCCCCCCUCAACCUGAAGUCUGUCCUGCACCAGGACACCCUGAUGGACUGGGCUCUGCUGAAGGAGAGCUUUCAGACUGAAGUGGACAAACUGUCAAAGUUCCGGCACUCCACCAUCGUGGAGCUGCUGGGCUUCAGUGAGGGAGGAGGAGCCGUCUGUCUGAUAUUCAGCUACAUGGAGAACAGAUUCUUGGAGGACCAGCUGCACAAC